AUGGCCGUUGACCCACAAGCACAGCCAGCACCAGCUGCCAGCGAUGCAGCAUCCUUCACGCCUCCAUCAGUUUCGCACCUCCAGAAUGUGGCAUAUCUCAUCGGUCACCCAAUCGCACACUCCUCUUCACCAGCACUACACGACUCAAUAUCAGCCACUUCGCAGUUUCCCUAUGCCCAGGUCUUAGUCGAAACGAGGGACCUUCUCUCAUCCUUGAGACACCUCCGCGAUCACCCAAACAAACCCAGACUCCUGGGUACAGGAGUCACCAUGCCGCACAAGGUCGCCGUCAUCCCCCAUCUGGACCAAUUGACCCCUGAAGCUCAGGCGGUCGGUGCCGUCAAUACCAUCUUCUUCAAGCCCGACCCAGCCCAGCCUGAGGGCGGCGUCCAGUUCUGGGGCCACAACACCGACACCAUCGGCAUCCGCGACGCCUUCCUCUCCAACAUACCCUCAGACUCCAUCGCCCGCUGCAGAGGCAGACCUGGUCUCAUCGUCGGCGGCGGCGGUACCUGCCGCGCCGCCAUCUACGCUCUACAGCAAUUUCUAGGCUGCAGCAAGCUUUACAUCGUGAAUCGGGACGAAUCCGAAGUCGAGGCCGUGCUGGCAGAGUGUCGCAAACGGCAAGCAGCCAACGACCUCAUCCACGUCUCGUCUGUGGAACAGGCAGAGCAGCUGGAGGCCCCAAGCCUGAUUGUGAGUGCCGUGCCGGAUUUCACGCCCCAGCGCCCAAGCGAGAAGAUGGUCCGAGAGGUCCUGAGCCACUUCCUGGACAAGCAGAAGCAACAAGACCGAGGGGCGUUGCUGGAAAUGUGCUAUCAUCCGUCGCCCAACACGCAGAUCAGUCAGCUGGCUGGCGAUUCGGGGUGGCAGGUCAUUGGUGGGCUGGAGGCCAUGAUCGGGCAAGGCUUAGAACAGGCGAAGCUGUGGACAGGUGUCACCGUCGACGACAAGUUACGAGAGGCCGCGAGGCAGGCUGUCAGGCCGAAGCAUUAG